CUUAUUAUUCUUGCAAGAUUAAUAUAAUAACAUAUGUUAAGUAUAGAUUUUUUGUGACUUUUAUUUACUUACCUGUUUGUAUAAAAUUAUAAGGUUAUAAAAUUUAACCAAAUAACCGAUUUAAUUGUAAUAUUUAAAGUUUUGUACAGUAUAUGAGGGUCAAAAAAGUUUUAUUAUAUACACUUCCGGUUGUCGGUAUUUUACUGGCUGGAUCUUUGAUUAUAUUUAAUUUCGUUAGGAAAAGACCGGAAAAAGAAGAGGAACUCAAACCUCCUUCUGCAUUAGAAGAUGAACUUAAAAAACGUGAAGAAGAAAGCCGAAAACGCAUGGAAGAAAUGCAAAAGGAAAUUCUCGAAAAAAAGUUAAGAGAAGGUAAAAAAGCCUUGGAAGAACUUGAAAAACGUGAAAAAGAAGUGGUAGAUGAGUUUGCAAAACACCUCAAAAAACCUGAAGAAAGACUUCCUAAAAUUAUUCUUACAUUGGAUUCCGGUUUUCCAACAGUUGAUCCUAUUACAUAUACUUCAGGAGUUUAUAUGGUAGCAGUUAGUAAAACAACUUUUACCUCAGAUUCAGAUCUUGUUGAUUUUACUCACACACUGCUGGGCAUAAAGUUUCUAGUUACUGGUGUACAAUUUGGUGGGAAAACAUACACAAUUAAACCGAUUGAAGCUACUAUGGCCACUUCAAUUGCAUUUGCCGCUGAUCCUGGAUUCUGUUAUUUUCUAUUAAUACCAGGCCCUGACUCGAAACCAAUAUUCUUCAAAAACGACGGAGAUAAAUUUUUACGUUGCGUAGGGUAUCCAAAGGUUAAAGAAGAAAUGCUAGAAAUGGCUACAAAAUUCAAUAGACUACCAAAGGGCGUGGAAAUACCUGCACCUCCAGGAGUAAAACCAGAGGCUCCCACACCUACACCAACGACAAUAACUCCUUCUGUACCUCCUACUAUACCAACGCCAAUAACUCCUUCGGCACCUCCUACUACACCACCUACGGGACUAAAUUUUAACUUGACAGUUCAGAACAAAUUCAUGAUAGGUUCGCAAGAAGUUAAGUUAAAUAUAACUCACGAAUACGAGGGUGUAUACGAAGCUCAUAAAUAUUUCAUUGAAAGGGGCAGCUUUACCCCUACCUCAUUCUCAAUCGGUGAUCUUCCACAAACAGGUCUUCCAGUAAAUCAAACAGUGGAUACAAUUGUGGUAUAUUUCCAUCGAGUAACGAUGGGUGAACCCGUUGGUAUACCUCUAAUUGUGUUAAUCUUUUAUAAAAACCAAUCUAGAAAAUAUUUAAAUAAGGGAAAUGGAAACUGGGAAGAAUCUAAAGCUCUAUUAUUUCGUGAGGAACUUGAUUACUUAGAUUCCAUUUUUAAUGAUUUUGUGACAGUAAACCUUUCUAGACGUUCUGAUUAUUAUCGUAAUGGAACUGGCACAUCAGAAAUUGAGCAAACGUUAGAUAUGAAUGUUUACGUUGAACCUGAUACACCCUGUGCUGGAUGGACAACGUAUAUACAUAAAUUAGAAGAAGGAGGUGAAGGAGGAAUUGAAAAACCUUUUCAAAUUAGACAAUUAUGGUUUAGUAAACAGAAAUUUGAUAUAUUCCCAAUGGGAAAAGUUUCAAUCGUUAAUGUUUAUGGGAAAAACGAUGAACCGCUAUCUUACGCUCCCUCAAUUUUCAGUGUAAUACGCGAAGAUGGAAUUCAAAUAUUUUAUGUUCGUGCUUACUCACAGUACUUGCUUGAUUCAAGUGUUAAUCCCCAAAAUUUACCUCAAAAAUUAAACACCCUUUAGAUUUUUUUUAAAAAAAUCAUGUAAUAUAAUUGUUUUUG